AUGGGCUCGUACAAUCGCCGCGCGCGCAAGUCCCUGCCAGAUCGCAUCCGAACCGCCAAGAAGCACGUCCCAGACGCGUGCCGCAACCGAGUCGACGACGUCCUGCAUCCGCAUGACCCCAAGACCCCCCUUGAACCUCGGUGUGAAGACGACGUCCUUGCCAUAGCACGACCUCCUCUUGCCGCCGCGGACAAAGUCGGCGAGAAUGCGAUCAAGCUCCUUGACGACCUCGAGCGGUGGGAUGUCGGCGGAGAGGAUGUGCAGAAUCUUGGGAAUGGCGUAUCGGUUGACGUAGACAUUUUUUUUUUUUUGUAG